ACGCGGCCACGGCGGCGGGAAGCAAAUGAUCCUCAAGUACAUCCCUUCAAAAAAAAAAAAAAAAAAAGUUUGCACUCACAUACCCAGCAGAUGCCAGCACAAGUGCAGUCGCACCGUCUUAGACCUCAAUGAGGGAGCCUUCAUGGAAUACCCCGACAGUUUUCACGUGCAAAUGACGCGCAAUUUCGGCGAACUGCACAAUUUGCAUGAGUAGAAACUUUAAUUUUUUUUAAAAAACAUUUUUGAAGUUCCUAAAGGACGAACAUAUCAGAAUGGAGCUCGGGAUCGUUUUUAAAAGCAACCACGUGUGACCUGUAAUGGAUGCCGGACGCGCCAGCUUUUUACGCACAAACAUAGCAAAAGGAAACCAAAACUUUAAAAAGUGCCACGGUUAAGAAGUGAACUUAUCUUUGGUAGGACUAUUGGGAGCAUCUGUCAAAAGUCAUGGGAUCCUCCUGCCUCCCACCGGCCGCCUGGGAGCGCAGCGCAGCUCUCCACUGCGCAUGAGCGCGCCCUGGACACAUCCAGAGAGGGAAAUUUAAAAAGGGUUUUUUUUUUUAGGGGGGGGGGAGAAGCAAGUGUAGCACAGUGGAAUACAGUACAGGGGCUCCCCAACGACUUACACGUUUUUUUCAAUAUCAUCCAAAAACAGGUACCACAUAACCCAGGAAAUGAUAGAAGGUGGAAUUACAUCCAGGAUGUCAGGAAUCAUUGAGAAUGCUGGCCAUCAUCCGUCUCCACAGGAUUACAGGCUUUUGACCACGGACCCCUCCCAGUUGAGGGAGGACCUCCCUGGGGACCUGCAGUCCCUGUCAUGGCUCACCUCGGUGGAUGUGCCCCGACUGCAGCAGAUGGUUGAUGGCCGCAGCCACAGUAACGGGCCGUCCCAUCAGGGCAGCUUGUUGGACCAACAGACAGCCCAGCUGAGCAGCGUGUCCAUGACAGCUGGGCAGGGCUCCAUGCUUCACCUGCAGAGCAACAUGCAGCACAGUCCACUGGGAAUCAGCAUCAUCAACACCCACAGUGGAAGUAUAUCGCCAUUCUCCAUGAAUGGGAUGCCCUCACCCGGGUACCAGUGCCCUACCUCAGUGUACCAGCCAACAUCGCAGCAGGUGUACUCACUCACACAAGCUGGACAACAGUGCUCAACAGGUGGCCUUUACAGCAACGUCUCCUUCAACAACCAAAGUCUAUUUUCACAACCUCGUCUGGCACCACAAGAACAGGACCUGCAGCCCAAAUCGUUCCCAAAACCCAUCUACUCCUACAGCUGUUUGAUUGCCAUGGCGCUAAAGAACAGCAAAACAGGCAGCCUUCCAGUCAGUGAGAUCUAUAGCUUUAUGAAGGAACACUUUCCUUACUUCAAGACUGCACCAGACGGAUGGAAGAAUUCAGUCAGACACAACCUGUCCUUAAACAAAUGCUUUGAGAAAGUGGAGAACAAGACGAGCAGCUCAUCCCGGAAGGGUUGUCUCUGGGCACUGAACCCGGCCAAAAUUGACAAGAUGGAGGAAGAGAUGCAGAAGUGGAAACGCAAGGAUCUCCCAGCCAUCCGCCGAAGCAUGGCUAACCCAGAUGAGCUGGACAAACUGAUCACGGAUCGCCCAGAGAACUGCAGAAGGAAGGCAAUAAUAGAACCGGUCAUGACAAGACUGCCCAGUUGUCCAACUAGUCUCUCGCUGCAGAUGCAGCAGUCUCAGCCCAUAGUCACCCUCUCCCUGCCGUGUUUACCCAUGCACCAGCACCAUCAGAUCCAGGCACAGCUACAGGUCCAGGCCCGCCUGGCACCCAUGUCACCGGCCCCGGCCCAAACGCCUCCCCUCCACACGGUGCCAGACAUCUCCCACAGCCCACUCACGCAUCACCCAAGCAAGCCUCCAGACGACUUCUACAGCAUGCACGUGGAUAACCACACAGAGGUGGAUGCGCUGGAUCCAAGCAUCAUGGACUUUGCCCUUCAAGGUAACCUGUGGGAGGAAAUGAAGGACGACAGCUUUAACCUGGACGCUUUGGGCACCUUCAGUAACUCCCCCCUACGACUAUCAGACUGUGAUUUGGGGAGCAGCCUCCCACCUGCCUCCGCCGUGGCCACUCUGCCGCUGUCAGACGUACAAGUGACGGGUCUGUACACUUCCUACACGUCGCAGGACGCCCUCUCCUCUCAGUAUUUGGGCUCACAGGCCAGCAGCAAGCCCAUCACCCUGCUUUAAAGCAACACAAAUCCAGAUAGCUCACGGGACAAGAUGCCCACUGGAAACAUUCUUUUGUACAAAUCAGCCGGGAACUAUCGAAGUAAGAAUGUCUGAGGAGAAAACUGUCUAAUAAAUAAAGAAGUGGGAGGAACGCUUUUAAGACUACAAUUAUAUCAAGCGUUGCCAAGCAAAGACUCCAUCCAGCCUGUGUAAGUGGAGGGAAUUAGUCAAGUUUUUCUACUGAUCACUGUGUGUUUGAAAGUCCUUCUAUACUGUAGCUUGUCUGUUGUAUUGUGCUAGACAUUAUUGCUGUGUUGUUUAAUUUAUAUUUAUAAAAAAAGGCAGCUGGGGAAGGUGACCACAACCUUUUGCUGUAUAUAUUUGAAUGUUUCAAAUGGCUAUUACCACAGAAAAGCUUUUUUUGUUGUUGUCGUUUUGCUAUAUUUACCCAAUUUCAUUCCAAAAUUCAGAUGUUCUCCGAUAUUUCACAAUACAUUUCUGACACAGGUGUCGGAAUUAUUACAAGUGUAUCGUGCUCUAUGAUUUCAAAAAAAGAAACUAAAAAAUGGGUAAAUAAACAAAUUUUCUUUUGCCAAAAAUAAAUCAGUGCUAUUUAUUAACAGAUGUGUUGACUACAGAAGACAUAGAACACAGCUUAUAUAAUAUACAUUCAUAUAAAAUGGUAUUUCAUGUUUCUUGUUCAAUCGGGCCACUUAAGUUAUCACCACAUUAAAAAAGGUUACAAAAUUCAGAAAUGCAUUCCAAAAAAAUU